AUUUGUGAAAAGAAAAAGAAUGGUCUGACAGCAUGCACAUCGCAACCUUGCAUAUGGAGUGUUCCAAAACGUUUAAGGCUUAUCAGCCCCAAAAAAAAAGUGACAGAGAUACCACUUCGCCCACUUAAGCAAGUAGUACUUACUUCUCCAAUUGUUAAUUUUUUUGGCCUGCAUCACAAGCUAUCCUUGGUGGAACCUAAUUCAGUCUAUGUGUUAAAAAUAGCUCAGAGUUUCAUGACAAAGCAUUUUUGUUGCCUGAUGUGGAAUAUUAGGGCCUCUACAGACCUGAAAACAAAAACCUGUAAGGAUAUUUUUGAAAAGUAUUUACCCAAUCUUCCCAGUUUAGACAUCACUGGGAUUGAAAGAGAAACUAGAGGACAGGCAGGCAAUCCCCUGUGGAAAGCUAUUCGCCAGGGUCGAUUGACAAGUUCAAGUUUUGGACAAAUAUAUUAUUAUUAUUAUAGAAGGGAUAAAACUGUAGUAGACAAUAUUUUAAAAGAGGUAUUGGGUUACCACAGUGGUCAUAUUUAA